AUGAACUCACCUGGCCUUCGAGGCGCUGGACUGGUCGUCCUCCAAGCCCUCCGAGUCGCCACCGUCAUUACGCUCCUGACCUCCGGCGCCGCCUGCUGGAUCCUCGUCAUCAACGUGGAGAAGAACAAGCCGUACUUCAUCUUCGAGUGCUUCACCCUCUUCUUCGUCUCCGUCCUCUGCUCCCUGCUUGUCGUUUCGGAACUUGCCUUUGCGCAGUUCAUCAAGAUCUACCUCCGGCGCAUGUGGCCCGUCCUGUCCGACCACCAUGGGCUGAGUUGGCUGGGCCUGGGAAUGAUCAUCAUCGGCUGCAACAUCCUGGGCAUGCUCAAUCACGACUUGAAGAUGGCCUCUGCCCUGUCGUCACUGGUGUUGGCUGCGGGCAUCCUGGCCUUGAUCUUUGGCUUUCUCAACAUCGUCUGCUCCUUUAUCUGGUGUGACAGAAAGGAGGGCAUCACGUCUCGCGAUAUUCGUGCCAACGGCUCGCUCGCUCGGUCUCAGCGCGAAUUCACAGAUUACGAGCCUCCGAGCCGAUCAUCUUCGGCCAGAAACGAAAAGACGAGGAGCAAGUUCGUGUCCAUGUUCUGGAAGAAGGACAAGGAGGAGGAUUACCUGAAUGGGCAACCGGAAAUUGCCGCCCCUCCUUACAUCAACCACCAUGGCCGCGAUCUUGAGGCGCAGAGCGACAGUCCCAUCAUUCCUGGCCUGAAGCGCCCGGACACGGCCUUGCACCCCAUGAACACCCGGAUGAAUAGCCGCAGCAGUCGAAGCAGCCGGUACUCUGAGGCGAACAUGUCUCGAUUCUGA